AUGUAUUAUCUCUCUAUUGAUUUACCUUACUUAUCGAAGCGCUAUCUAUCUAUCUAUCUAUCUAUCUAUCUAUCUAUCUAUCUAUCUAAUCCUUUUCAUUUCUAUCUAUCUAUCUAUCUAUCUAUCUAUCUAUCUAUCUAUCUCAGUCCUUAUAUCUAUCUAUCAACACUUAAGCUUAUCAUAAUAAGACAUACGAUCACAACAGCCGGCCAACCGUGGAGAACGAAGUCAAUAGACAAGCUACUAACUAUUUGGGCCGAAGGGUGUGGCUCAGCCGGUAACAAUUUUUCUUUCUUUCUUUCUUUCUUUCUUUCUUUCUUUCUUUCUUUCUUUUCUUUCUUUCUUAACAACUCUAUCUCUCUCUCUCUCUCUCUCUCUCUCUCUCUCUCUCUCUCUCUCUCUCUCUCUCUUCACGUACGCACAUCUCUUUUGUACGUCUCUCUCUCUCUCUCUAUCUAUCUAUCUAUCUAUCUAUCUAUCUAUCUAUCUAUUUAUAUAAUUGAAAGAAAAGAGGAAAAGGAAAAAAGAGAGAAGCUAAGGAACACGUAUGCACAUCUCUUUUGUACAUCUACAUCUCUUUCUCUCUUUCUCUAUCUAUCUAUCUAUCUAUCUAUCUAUCUAUCUAUCUAUCUAUCUAUCUAUCUAUCCAAUUGA